AAAGCGACAGAUCCUAACUCACAUGCGCCCCCGGCCCUCAAAAAGGUAGCCCAGUGCAGAAGGAUGGAGAGUAAAGCCUUCCUGUUCAUACUGAUGUGGUUCAGAGCAGCUGCGCUGAACACCUCUAGUAUCCCAGUGUCGUCCCCUGACUACUGUUACAUAGAGUCUUGGUGUGACAGCUACGCGUGGGAGGUGACGUUCCAGUAUUGUAGGGCGGACUUCAUGCUGUCCCAGUCGCCGGUGAACCUUGACCCCUUUUACAUGAUGUGGAACAUGUCCAUGCCACCGCUGGAGCUGCAGGACUACGACGUCCCGCAGACCGAGCCCUGGGUCAUGAAGAACAUCAGGGACACCGUUGCCGUGGAGUUUAACCCUGGCAUGCGGUUGAGAGGCGCCAACUUCCCCGGAGAAUACCAGACCCUCUACAUGUCCUUCCACUGGGGCAGCACCUACAUGCCUGGGUCAGAGCACACCUACAAUGGCAGGAGAUACCCUAUGGAGCUGCAGAUCAUCCACAUUCUUCCUCCCUACACAAGUGUGAUGGAGGCUGUGUACCUUGAGCGGCAGGCGGUGGCCAUCUUGGCCUUCUUCAUUGACAUUGGUCAUGAGGACAAUCCCGUCUUUGAGAUCAUCUCCAGUGCAGUCCCGACUGUCCCUCUCGCAGGAGAUGAAGCAUUCCUUAAUCCUUUCGCCCUCCGUGACCUACUGCCCGAUGACAUCUCCAAGUUCUACCGAUACCAAGGAAGCCUCACUUUCCCAGACUGCUUAUUUGGCGUUGAGUGGGCAGUUUUUGAAGAGCCAAUCUACAUCAGCCUUAAACAGUAUGACCGCUUCGUGUCGUCGGUGUACUAUCAUGAGUGGGAGGAGGGGGAGGAGCCUAAGCUGCAGGUGAUGAACUACCGGCACAUCCACUCUCUGUUCAUGCGCGUGCUGGAGGCCAGUCCCAACGCCAGCAUCCCCUUCACCUCCGCUGCCCCCCACACACACUCCGCCACACACACACACACACACACCGCCCUCCUCGCCGCCCUGGGGGCCCUCCUGCUGACCACGGCCUGGUGA